ACAGUUGCAGACCACGUGUUUUACUGUGUUGAUGAAUGGUUGAAGGUUUGUAAGUUGCUAAGUCUUUAAAUAUUGCCGUAUUUUGGACUGAUUUUAAAGAAAGAUCUGUUGAUUAUUGGGAAAUCGAUAUUCCUAUUGAUCUACGCCAGAGAAAAAUAAAAGGAAAACACGGGGCAUCACUUGUUUUUAUACAAUGGAAGAAAAUCCCUUUCCUGAUUUGAAGAUAAGCAAUUAUGACUUCCUGGAUGAAUCAGAUGAUCGUCGGGUGUGCCCAAAGUGCGGAAAAUCAAGGAAAUAUUUCUGCUACACCUGUUAUAAACCCGUGAUAGGAACUGAACAUUUAACACCUGUCGUCAAGCUGCCGAUUGCCAUUGACAUCCUGCGCCAUCCUAGUGAGUGUGCUGGUAAAAGUACUGCCAGCCAUGCUGCUGUUUUAGCGCCAGACAACGUCAGUGUCUACACGUAUCCUUGUGUGCCAAAUUACGAUAAAGACAAAGUUGUUUUGGUUUUCCCUGGACCUCAGUCUGUCACACUUGAAGAGUUAAAGGCUGCUGCUGCUGCUGGGUGCAUCUCCAAUCCACAGACUUCUUCAGAUUCUCAACAUGAAAUUGGGGACAAACCAUAUACCCAUGUUAACAACGAAGAUUCUACAAAUGGUUUGAACGAUUCUACAAAAGCUACAAAGAGGAAAUCUGAUUCAGCAGGUUCUCCAACUCCAUGUCGAAAAUACACUAAACUGUCCAAGGCGCCAUUUGAAAGGGUAAUCUUCAUUGACUGCACAUGGAACCAAACCAACCGAAUUUCUAAAGAUGAUCGUCUAAAAGGAAUUCGUUGUGUGGAGAUGAAGACCAGGCACACCAAAUUCUGGCGCCACCAGCGGGACAAACCAAACACCUAUUUGAGUACUGUUGAAGCAAUCUACUAUUUUCUACGGGACUACCAUACGUAUUUUAUCAGUGACGAGUACCACGGAGAAUAUGACAACCUCCUCUUUUUCUUUUGCUUUAUGUAUCAAAAGAUACGGUGUAUGUACGAUGGAGGACACCAUCUCCUUGCUUAUAAACAAAAAGACAAAAAAGAAUCUGAAGAAACACAAUCAUAGUGUAGAAUUAAUUGAUAUACAUUUUUAUUAACUUUUAAUUAAAUAUCCCUUUGCAAUCAUUUAUAUGGAAAUAUAUUUUUUUAUAAACAUAUUCAAA